AUGAGUGGAUUCCGAAAGGACGAACUCAUCCCCGUUAUCAUUGACAUCCAUGGUGAGAAGCGUAAGAUGUUUGAAGAUAUCGCCGACACGGUGUUGAGAAGAGUUCUCGAUGAAGAAGAAAAUGAGUGUCCACCGAUUGAGUCACGUGGUUCCAGCACAUCAUCAUUUUCGACAACGCCAUCUUCGUCUGCCUCGCCGCUUUCCAUCAACCAACUUCUCAGUUCUUCGUUCUCUCAACCGCCGGCACCCCAACUGCCUGUGCCGCUGGCGUUCAACCCGUUCCAGCUAGCUCUCUAUCAGUCUCUAGUUGCGAACAACACUCUCGCAUUUCCCGUUUUUGGCGGUCCCCCGUCAAUAUUUCCGUUGCUUGUUCCGCCGCCGCAGCCCCAGCCGACUGUUGAGUCGAUCGAAUUGCUGAAAAUUCUCCAAAAUAUGUUGGCAAAACAAAAGAAGUGAUUGAUUCAUUUCGAUUUUCUGUCAUUCUUUUUCGGUGACAAACAAUUUUCAAUUUUUCACAAUUUUCAACGCAGUUUUGUCAUUUUUCCAUCUUCUGUCGCCUUAUCUCCCACCUAGAUGUCAUGAUGUUGUUCGAAAUAAAAAUUAAAUAAAUAUUUUUGUUUCGAAAAAAAA